GGCAUAUUCUCCAUGUAUUAACCAUGUAUAGCGUAUAGCGCAACUCUGUAUAUCGCCAUGUAUAGCGCAACUCCAACCGGAACUUCCGCCGGUGCGGAAUUGUAUAUUGUGUACUGUAAAGGUGCCGUGCUAUUGUACAUGCAGAAGUUGGUACAUAUGCAGUUAUAUCGACAGGUGGGAAAAUCCUCUUGCCGGUAAUUACGCCGUGUUGUGGAGAAAAAGGGGAUAUCUUUGCCAGCUUUUAGCUUUGCAGUUCGCUCGCUCUGUACUUUCUCUUAAGUAACUUAUUUUGCAUGAUACAUGUAGUAGGGACGUCUGUAAGGAGCUUAUAUACCAUUAAUUCCUGUUUUAUACCGGAUACCUCUUAACACGUAAAGAAAAAUGAAUGACAAGGGACGAUUUUAUUCCGGCCAUAGCGACGAUCACCGAUAUGGCCGGGCCUGGCGGGAUCAGCAGAACGACCAGCACAGCCGCGAUCGCGGCUACGACCGGGACCGGUAUGCCUUCGGCUCCAGCCAGGCGGAGAUCCACCGCCACGACCACCGGGACGCGGCGGAACUGCACUCCCGGGAGCCCUACCGCGACCGCAGUACUUACCAACCGGCGUACACACCCGCGCCGCGCAUUUUACGCCCUCUCGUUGUAGGCGACUACAACGGCCAACGGGACCAUUCUACCGGCAAUCAGUAUGCUGGGAACUACGGCAGCGAGCCCCGCCAUGCGCAUCGCUAUGGAGACGAUCCCUUCGGCGGCCUGUCGCCCGUCCAGAAUGGCCGGCACGGACGCGGAUAUGAAGGGCAGCCAGGAUACCCGGGAUACGGACAGGCAGCGUAUGAUCGCGGUCAGUCCAACGCGGGUGGACAAGGAAAAGGAUACGGGAACUACACUGGCGGUGGAGGCCAUUGGUGAAGGCGCGUUGGAGGUCACUGGUGAAGGCACUGUGGAACACCGUUACACCGGUGUACUUUUUUUGUUACGACACUCAUUAGAAUGUUUUCGUUUAAAAAUCAUAUCAUUCUUCAGCUCUUGUAUCUGUACAAGCGUAUUCCAAAAUGUUUUAAAUUAACUUUUAAUGGACGGAUCUGGAUAACAUGCAAGAAAGCGCUGUAACAGCAAAUGAUCAGCGCAAAUUAAAUUGCUAAGUAAGUUUUCUUUGCAGUCUUUUCUGAGGCUUUUUCUGUCCCUGCUUGCGAAACUUGUGGCACAUGGGGCAAAAUCCUAAAUUACUGUUCGUGGUGAAAUGUUUUUUCAUAAAACACACGAGAUGUG